ACCAAACCCAAGGCAACAAUGCCUCGCUCUCCCUCUUUGAUUCUCUAGCGCUCUUCAACGUCACCUGCUCUUCCAAUUUUAUCCCCAAUGCACCUUAUUGUUGCAAAAAAUUUCAAUUGGACUCUCCCGUAAUUUUGGUCUUAUUCGAUCCCUAUCUCAUACUGCGGACAACUUAUCCCCCGACCGAUCCACUUUCCGGCUACCUCUUGCCCGGUCUCAGCCUCCACCAAAGCUUACCCAUCUUCUUUGCAGAGUCUCACGCCACUGUUUUUUUUUUUUUUUUUGAGGAUCUCUCAAUUUGGAAUGCUCACUUUUAGGGUUGCCUCCGCUUUUGGAUUCAAUCACUUGAUUGCUUAGGAAAUUAGGGUUUCAGAUUUUUGGGCUUUGUUGCUCGGGUUUUGCUAAGUAUUAGUGUUAGCGUUUGCUGUUAUCAUUCCAGGGUUCCGUGCCCUGUGAAUUCGCGGAAUAGGGUUUUGAGUUUGCUUUCGUGAUGCCGCGGAGUUCAAAGCAUAAAUCUAGCAAACAUAGUUCGAGGGAUACGAGGGACUACUCGGAUUCGGACAAAGAUUCUUGCUUGAAGGAUCGGAAAGGUAAGGAUGAGAGCACUGUGAAGGUUUCCAAGGAUUCAAGUUCUUUUGAGAAGCGGAAGCCGGAUUCGAAGGACGUGCAUGGGUUUGGAAAUGGGGAGAAUUCUGACGAGUAUGCUUCAUCGAAGCGGCGCAAGGAGCGUAGCAAUGACGGAGUUGGAGAUAGGUGGAAUGGCGGUGAGGAUGAACGAGGUGAAGGCUCCAAGAAGUCAAAGACAUCGGGGGAUUCGAAAAGUAGGAGAAGGGAUGAGAGUGUAGGAGUGUAUGGUGAGGGCGAAGAGGUUAAGAAGAGCAGCAGCAAGGGCGAGGGGAAGCAUAAGGAACAGGGGCGAAAGGAGAGUAGAGAAAGUGGAAUGGAAAAAGAAAGGAAGUUUAAAGAAGUUAGAAGCGAGAGAUCAGUUGAUAACGAAGAACAGCGCACGUCCAAGCAUGCAUAUGAAAAUACUGAUUUGAGGGCCCUGGACGAGUUACGAAGCCCUGAACUAGAUAGCCCACUAGAGAGGCGAUUGAGGAAGAAGAAGGAUGAUACCAGUGAUGGUAUUAAGCAUCAAGAUGAUGUUGGGGAUAGCUAUAGCAAGCGUUUGUCUUCUAGGGAUGAGAUUGCCAAGGAUGGAAGACUGAAGGAUGAGAAGCGAAAGGAUGAAAAAUAUCGAGAGAAGGGCAGGGAAGAGACAGAUAAAGAGAACAAACACAGAUAUGACAGGCAACGUGAUGAGCGUCCUGCCAAAGAUCAUGCUAGCAGUAGGUCUGAUGAUAAGCAUGGAAAGGAAGAAAAGGACUAUGUGGAGUCCCGACAAAAGAGAAUUAAAACUUCAGAGAGUGAUCGUGAUCGGGACCAUAACCGUGAUCGUGAUGGGGGAAGAGAGCGUGAUUUGGAAUCUGGUCGUGAUCGCGAGCGGCGCCAUGAGCGUGAAAGAGACCGAGAACGUGAUUAUGAUCUUGAUAGGGAUCGUGACUAUGAUAGAGAUCGAGAUUGGGAUUGGGACAAUGAGCGUGAUCAUGAUGAGGACCUAGACAAAGACCGUCAUCGUGAGCGCAACCAUCACCGUGAUCGUGAUGGGUCACAUUUAGAUGAGCGAAGUGUUAGGACCAAAGAGAGUGGAACAAAGAAAAGAAAUCUGGGUGAACGUGAUGAUUAUGGUGACACUAAAUCUAGAGGUGUUAAAACUCACUAUUCUGAUGCAGAGAAGAGAAGUUUGAGUGGCAGUAAAGCUGAUUCUGAGGCUGACAGGGGAAGAUCCCAAUCUCGUCAUGUUCAUGCAGACUCAAGUGGAACCAGCAGCAAAAGGAGGUCUUCUCCAGCAGCAAAUACACAUACUGGCAAUGAUGAUUACAGGAAUGCGAAUUCUGAUGAUUCGAAGCAUAGAGACUCAAUGUCUGAACAACGAACAAAAGGCUUGAGAGACGGUUAUUCGGGGACAUCAGAAAGAGGUACUAAUAAAUACAAGUCAGAGAAAUCUUUUAAAAUAGAUGAUGGUACUGUAGGAGAUUUUGCAACUGAAAGGUCCUCCAGUUCCAAGGCUUCACCCAAGGGCCUGGUAGAAAGAUCUCCAUCUUCCACAAGCAUCGAGCGGAGGUAUGUGAAUAAAAGUGGAGCUAGGCGGAGUCUUGAAAUUGAAGAAAGUGGACGGAGAAAUAGUAUUGAUGCACGAGAUUUCUCAGCUUCUGAAGAUAGAAUGGGGCGUGAGUUGACACUAGAGAGGCCACUAAUGGAUGAAUCCUCUCAAGCAGAUUCAUCUUAUUAUGGUAGGACUAGUCAGGGAAAUGCAUCGUUGGGUCCUCCUCCACCUGCUUUCAGGGCUGGACUAGACCGACCUUUCAUGAGUUCUUUAGAUGAUGAUGUUAGAGACAGCUCCAAUGCUCGCUACAGAAGAAUUAGUGAUCCUGGUUUUGGUAGAGGGCCUGGCAAUUCUUGGAGGGGUGUUCCAAAUUGGACUUCAGCUGUACCAAAUGGAUUUGUUCCUUUUCAACAUGGACCAACACAUGGAGGUUUUCAGGCGAUUAUGCCGCAGUUUCCAUCUCAACCUAUUUUUGGUGUUAGACCUCCAAUGGAUGUUAACCAUGCUGGUAUUCCCUACCAUAUUCCUGAUGCAGACAGGUUUCCAGGUCACCUGCGCCCGCUUGGGUGGCAAAAUAUGAUGGAUGGUACAGGCCCUUCUCAUUUACAUGGAUGGGAUGGCAAUAAUGGUGUUUUCAGAGAUGAUCCUCACAUGUAUGGGGGUUCUGAUUGGGACCGGAACAGGCAUCCAACAAAUAGUCGGUCAUGGGAAUCUGGUUCUGAGACUUGGAAAGAACAGAACGGUGAUUUGAAGAAGGACCUGCCUUCCCCGGCUCAUAAAGAUGGUUUGGUUCCAGCAGAGGUGGAUGAUGGAUUGGCUGAGCAGGAUAUUCAGAUUUCCCAGGAUGAACAGAACCAGGAUACUUUUCAGGAAAAGGAUCCUGAAAUAAAGUCACCCAGUGUCAGUAAUCCAUCUAAAGCACCUUUAAAGUCCUUGGCCACUUCUACAAUUGAGAAGGUGCCUGAUACUGCAACAAGUGACAUUGCUUCACUUUUCAGUCAUUUCUACCUUUCUAAACUUGACAUUUCAGAAGAACUUACCCUUCCAGAGCUGCACAACCAGUGCAUGGAUCUGCUGAGGAUUGAUAAGAGUUCAAGCAUUGAUGCAGAAUCUUGCACAGAUCUACUUCUGAAGAAUGAUUCGGGUGUGCGACAGAAAUAUGCUACCACUAUGUCAAGGCAUUCACCACUUCCAGCAAUUGACCCGUCCAUCUUCCAGAGAGCCAUGGACCUUUACAAGAAGCAGAGGGUGAAACUGCCAACUAGGGGGAAGGUAGAUAUUAUCCCCGCGUUCAAUCAAGUGCAAGAUGAUGAAUCAGCUCCUAUUCACAGUUCGGAGAACGGGCAGGUUUCUGUCUUCACUUCUGAUGCCAGUGUUAAGCAAAAGUCCACAUCAGACUUGAAAAUAGGGGAAACUUUGCAUCCUUCUGCUGAGGAGCAUUUGGAAGAACUAGAUCAAGCCUGCAGUCAGAAGCGGCAGGAUCACGUGCAGGAUCAUGUUUGUAUCAAUUCUUUGGGAUUAGUCUUGUCCGCUCCAUCAGAUCAUGGUAACAAGGGAGAGCCUUUAGCAGCAUCGGGUGAGAAAGAGGAGAAAGAGACUUCUGAAAUGAUGGGUUCAGGGGAAUCAAAGGAGAAUCAGUCCAUGGAAGUGGAAAAUAAAUCUCUGUUGGUCCCUGAUCUGCACAAAGAUGAUGUUGACACAUUGGGUGAUCCCUUAAUUUUUGGGGAUGGUUCUUCCAAAGCUUGUGAUGCUUUGAUGGCUGGCUCAAAUGAGUCUGAGUCGCUAAUUUUAAGCCGGAUACAUCAUUCUCCUGAAAGUACACAUUGAGACAAUUUCUAUAUCUUUCAUUGCUUUUUCCGUCAGGUUUUUAUUUCCUCUCCCUUUUGCUGUUGCUUUCAUUUUGAGCGAGGAAAUAAAAAAGAAAUGUCAUUCAUAUUCCCUUAGUUGGGGUUGAUUGAAUA